AUGACGAACUGGGUUGGCAAGGACGGGGAGAUCGGCAUCCCGGCGGAGUCACUUUUUAUUGGUAUCUUCACGCUGGCUGGCUACGCUCUGAUCUGUGGCGCAAUUCAUGUGCUUCUCAGAGGAUUCAACCCUGAGGGGAAGAAGCCAACGGUCGAAGAUUCUUUGCUUCAGAAGCUCUUCAAGACUCCACAAUUUUUCUAUCGUGCGAUCUUCCUUGUCAUGGCCUGCGUCGUCGGUUACCUUCAGAUUCAAGACACCUGCGAUGAGGGCAGACAUUGCGACAAUUGGCACUUAAUCUACUGGUACUCGCUUCUGUUUGUAGUGACCGCCAACGUCUCGAAUCGUCCCUAUGAGUUUUACCUUGGCGAAGGCGUGUCGAUGACAGACCUCUUGAAAUUCUACCUCAGGAGUCAUCCGCUUCCAACUGCGGAGGAUCUCGAACAGAGGGUGAGGGACAAGUACCUUAGUCAAAGUACCAACGAGGAGGCAGAUGCGGGCAUUGGUUUCUGGACGUUGAUGCCAUCUGCCUUCAUUACUUGGAUUUUUGCCAAGUCUAUCCGCAACUCGGCAGUACUGGGUGCCCGCUUCGGAGUGCUCGGCGGUCUUGCGUACGAUUCCUGGUACCUGUCUUUCUUCUCCUCUGCCAUAGUCUGCUAUGUGCUGCGCACCCGCUACAAUUUCAAGUCGUUGCCCACUGCAAUAUUCAAGAACUACGGGGCUGUGGCUGUGAUCUGCUUCCAGCUCUGCGUGCUCUUCCGGCUCUUCAAUGAAGUUUGGAGCAAUUCUUCUGUUAUCGGCACGUUCUACGGUUCGACAGGAUCGGAUAAAUAUUGGGGCGCGACUUGGUUCUCCGUUGCGAUCCCGGCAGGUUACGUUCUUAUGGGAGGCAUGCGUGUAUCCCUCUUCAGCGAUGUAUUCCAGGCUGGUCUCGCGGUCACCUUUCUUGCGGUGAUCCUCGGCUUCAUCGCCUCCGACGAGGACUUUUCGAAGCAGACGAACGCCUUCGAAUAUAGCCCCAGCGAGUCCAUUUAUGGAGUGGAUGGAUGGCAGCCAGGAUGGUGGGCUUAUACCAUCGCGGGCGCGCUAGGCGGCUCCGUCUCCUACCCGUGGUUCGACCCCGUGCUGACGGACCGCGCGUUCCUGGGGAGGCCGAAGACGAUGCUGAAGUCCUUCUUCGUCGGGGGUUUCCUCGCGAUGUUGUUCAUCUUCUUCUACGCCGUCAUUGGGAUCUACGGCGUCUGGCUGGAGGAGAAGUACGCCGCCGACUGCGGGUGCUCUGGGGGGGCCGCCCUGGCUGCGACCAGCGCCUGCCCGACGGACUGGAGCCCGUGCGAGUUUCUGGCGGGGGAGCGUGGGGAAGCCAGCGACGUGGCCGCGAUACUGGGUCAGCGCACGUACAGGGGCGUCGAGGUCUUCGUGAACCUGGUCAUGAUCACCGCCUCACUCUCUACCCUCGACUCGACCUUCACCUCGGCCGCCAAGCUGGUGUCCCUGGAGUUUUGCGGUUGGCUGCAGCUCGAGGGCGACACGCGCGAGGCCAUGGGGCCCUUGAGGCCAGUGGACAUCGACCACAUCGGCCACCAGCACAUCACGGUGGCCCGCGCCUUCAUCGUCAUCCUCAUGUUCGUCGGCAACUCCUUCCUGGGCAUGGAGACCGACGCGAUGAAGGCCACCACUGUCGCAGGGAUGGCCGUGAUGGGCCUCGGGUUUCCCAUCUGGUGGAUGACGAUCUGGCGCACCAAGAGAGAGGGGCGCCGUGGCUGGCGGAGGGCCCCGCUUGCCUUCGUGGCGCCCUUCGCCGUCGGCUGGUUCUUCGGGCUCUCCUAUUAUUUCCAGGGCAAGGACGUGGCGGACUGGAAGGCCCUCAACCCUGGCCUGGCGUUCCCGGAGAGCGAGCUGGGGUGGACCUACGACCUCAACAUCGCCGGCAGUUACACAAAAAACAGCGGUGAGGAGGCGGACUACGCGUACGGCAGGUACCUGGGGACGAUGCUUCUGGGGCACGCUAUCUGCCUUGGCGCUUUCGUUGUCUUCUUCGUCCUCCACCAAGUGCUCCCUUUGACUCUGGAGGUGGAGGCGGAGAGCGAGGGCGAGGAUACUGCCCUGAGGGCAGAGGUCGAGGACAAAGAGAUCGAGACGUCGAUCUGA